CUGAGGAGGAAAAUCUACAGUUCUUGUCCGAAAAUGACUCCAUCCACGAGCUACCUGUCAAUGAACUAAGCACUGCCUCACGUUCACAAACUGUGUUGUUUCAGAACUGUCCACUGACGGUUACCAGUAGUCUCCUCCUAAUAAAAAAAUAUCAAAUGAGGCAUAACCUUACACAGGAAGCACUGUCUGAUCUUUUGCAGCUGAUGAGGCUACAUUUUCCCACUCCUAAUCUUCUACCCAGAUCGCUUUAUUUGUUCAAUAAGCAGUUGCCUCUUCUGAGAGAUCCGUUGGAGUUUAAUUAUUUCUGUAGUAGGUGCUUGCAAGAAGUUUCUAGCAAGGAUGAAUCAAUAUGUACAAACUCCUCUUGUGGGUGUUCCUUAUCUGGACCUGGAGCUAUUUCAUCAUUUAUUGAAGUUCCCUUGGAACCUCAGCUAUCGACCCUUUUACAAAGAAAAGGCAUAUUUUCCACAAUUGAAAAUUACCGACGGAUAAAGAAGGAUGGUUUUAUCAGUGAUAUCAGCGAUGGAUCUUUGUAUCAGGAACUGGUAACAAGCGGUUUUCUUUCAGUCCACUCCAACGUAUCUUUACAAUUCAAUACUGAUGGAGUCCCUGUUUUCAGAUCUUCUUCAUUUUCCUUCUGGCCCCUACAUAUCAUCAUCAAUGAGAUGCCACCAAGAAUGAGGAUUCGAAAGGAGAAUAGGCUCUUUGCUGGCAUAUGGUAUGGCAGCUCAAAACCAGAUAUGUCACUGUUUUUGAAGCCUUUAGCUGAAACACUGACAAAGCUGUACAAAGACGGUGAAACAGUGAGGACAGGAAGUCGUGGAAGAGUUCAUUCUUUCCCUUACUUAUCCAAAGACCCGGUUGGCCCAACUCGGACAGAUGAAGAAACCCGUGAACAUGCAAAACAGGCCCAUUUGGAAGGUUCUCCGGUGUUUGGAGUCAAGGGACCAUCUCAGCUCUCUGUUGUUCCCAAGUUUGAUCUUGUUCGCGGAGUAGCCAUGGAUUAUAUGCACUGUGUCCUUCUGGGUGUUACUCGUCUGCUACUUCGUCUUUGGUUUGGUUCUAGUCACCAUCGUGAGCCGUGGUACAUUGGAAGACGCAUUGCAGAGGUUGAUGCGAGGUUAUGUGCCAUUCGGCCUCCAGACGAAAUUCCCAGGACUCCAAGGUCAAUUCAAAAAACAGUGAAAUACUGGAAAGCUCAUGAGCUUGAAGCUUGGCUGCUUCAUUAUAGCCCUGCCGUUCUGCAUAAGAUUCUCCCCGAAGAUUACUAUCAGCAUCACUUGCUAUUGGUGGAAGGCAUAUAUUUGUUGCUGAAAAAUGAAGUAAGGGAGGCUGAUAUCAAACAGAGUUCCCGAAUCCUCAAUCACUACUGCAUCCUCUUCACUGCAUAUUACAAUGACCGGUACAUGACAGCCACGGUGCAUUCUCUUAUGCAUCUUCCUGAUUCUGUUUGUAAUCUUGGACCUCUAUGGUGUCAUUCGUGUUUCCCCUUUGAAGCAGCAAAUGGAGAUUUACUUAAAUUAUUUCAUGGCUCCCAAUCGGUUGAGAAACAGGUCGCAGCUCACUUAAGUGAACUGCAAAAAAUGCCUACUUAUGCUGAGUCGUCACUUACAGAAGACAGUGCAGAAAUGGACUUCUACUUAAGCAUGAAUCAGUCACGAAGAAUGGUGAAGAAUGUUGUUUCUGUAGCAGAGGGUGUGAGUGUGUGCGGCAAACCUUGCACAAUAACACUUAGUGAGAGUGAAAGGAAUCUACUUUCAUCUGUUGGGAUACAGGUGCAUGGACCAGUCCGGUCUUACCCCCAAUUAUUCCUUAAGGAUUGUGGAAAAUUACUUACUACUGAUUCAAAGAGGACUCUUCGUGACAAUUCAUGUGUACAGUAUACAAAGGAAGGAUUGUUUGUUGGCAUUCUCCACAAAGUUAUUCAGGCAGGAGAGACGCUUGCAAUUGUAAAGAAGCUUGAGAUAGUGGGAGAAACACUAUGUACAGACACCACAACACAUGCCAAGAUCGGAGACCAUUAUCUGAAAGUAUGCUUAGCCAGGUAUGUGGAAUAAUUAUUAUACUACAACAUUCAUGUACAACAUCUGAUCUACAUUGUUAUGCAGAAGCAAUGCACUGGAUCUUGUUCAGAUGAAUCAGUUUCAAGAGAAAUGCUUGUUGAUUGACUUGAAUGAUAGCAUGUUUGUCAGUAUGUUUCCUCAUCAUAUUAUGUGCUUAUCAUAAAUGAAACAAUCUCUCACCAUGACAUACCAGGAUGUGGUUCAUCCAACAAUCAUCCCAUCUUACUGCAAGAAAGACAAUAAGAGACACUAGCACAUCUUAUAAAAAGUAUAGAGGCUGUUAGACAUUGGGAGAAACAAGGUUGUAUAUAGUUGGUCUACAUAAUUUUAGAAACAACCUUGUUACCAAGUUGUGAUGCAACCACAAGCUACUAACAAGGUUGUUAGCAGCAGGCUCUAAAUAACUACAAGCUCAGUAAGGGGUUGUAACAAGGUUGUAUACCUACAACAAGGUUGUGGGGGGCAUGUGACAAGGUUGUCACAAUUUGGUAAUUUCUGUAUGGGGU